AUGUCGGUUGAAACAAGCGUAUCAGCUCCACCACUACCAAUUUCGCGAUAUGGAAAUAUUAAUUCCAUCAAACCUAUCCCUAUUCAGAAAAGUGGCACAUUAACAAUCAAAGAGUUGAGACCGUGGAUCCGUGGUUUUGAUAUAACAUGUAUCAUACUUCAACAUUUGUCCCGUCGUAUUUUAAAGACUCAACAAGAAGUGGAACUUCAUAGUUUCCUUGUUGCAGACGAAACAGCAGUUUGCACUUUGGUUAUAUGGGAAAAUGGGCAGCAUUAUCGAGGCGGUGAUAUUGUACAGAUAACUCAUGGUGAAACGAGGGUACAUGAAGGAUCAUUAGAAUUAACGGUAAAUAAGAAUUUUGGAAAAAUAAACAUAAUUGAUUGGGACACGAUGUAUUAUAAGGAAGAAGAAGAACCUAAUUUGAGCAGUUACACAUGGAUACUAGAUGAAAGUGCGCCAAACACAUAUGCAAAAACUUUCAAAGCAUAUGAUCGUUCACUACAACCAUACAUAAUAGAUUCAACGAUACCUAAUGGAUCCUCAUCAAGCAUAGUAAAACAAGAAUCACCGGUGGUUUCGAUCAAACAAGAGGAGUCUACAAAGACGAUUAAAAAUGAAGAGGAUGGAACACAUGGGGGCAUUCAACAUUUACCAAGAGAACGUGGAACAUCAACUCAUCAAUCAAGAUAUAAUGGUAAUGGCAAUGGUAAUGGUGGAGGACAGGAAGCAUUUGGGUCUCAGUUUGAUUCCAGAUCGCAGCAAAUGUCACAAUCCCCAAGAAAGCAGGCAUCGCAGCAACCGUCCCAGGUAUCGCCACAGCAUAAUGAUCGCCCGCGACCUCCAUCAAGACGUAAUACGAAAUAUACAAGGCGUGAUAGUUGGCGUGAUCUGGAAAGAGGCGUCGAUGGAGGGGGGGGAAGCGGUCGUCAAGAUCGUGAUAAUCGCGAUAAUAGAUCUAGGAAUCAAGACAUUAAUAAGCGCGCGGGCGGUGGUGGAGGUGGUCGCAAUCAACCGCAUUUGGAUAGGCCAGUUGAAGAAGGAGAAUUGACUAAUAUUGAUUUUGUCACACUCGCUACAGGAUUAAAUCGAUCUGACAAUCAUGACCUGAAAGACAUGCGAGAUUGUGUGCCACAUAAAAAGCCAAGAAUUGAGUAG